UAACGCAGAGUUUAGGAGUCAUGUGAUAAAUGUAUUUAAUUUCAAACACAAUUGCAGACAUUGUUAGACUACAAGUUAGCACGGCAAACAAAUGUUUCAAGUCUCUUUGUUUUCUGCGUUGGUUGUCGUAUGUUUUGUGUCCGUAGUAUUUUCCCAGGAAUGUUCCUCUGGAUGGUUUGGGCCUAACUGUCAGUUUAUGUGUCACUGUAGCGUUGGCAGCACAUGUGACAAAGAGGGCAAGUGCUCACAGAAAUGUGACAAUGGUUGGUUUGGAACAGGAUGCCAGUACCAGGACCUGGCCAACAUCACAGGCGUUACCAUCAAAUCCUCACCAGCGCAGACGACAUCAUGGUUGACGGACAGAGAUGACAAAACGUGUAAUGAGAAUCAAAACCUGGAAGCCUUAGAAAUAUCCUGGAACAGAGACUAUCCUUUCACUUGGCUACGUUAUAGCGUUAUUAAUGGUUCAAGCACUGACAUACAGGUGGUACUGUACAAAGAACUGAAUGUAACAGAAGGAUGUGAACCUCUUAUAUCAAAAAUAAAUUCCACAACAGCGGACUACAGGUGUGACAAAAAUGACACUGUGACACGCGUUUUGCUCAGAGGACCUGGGAUUAAAUCGCUAUGUUCCUUAUAUAUCAGUGGAGGUCGAAACGUUGCCUUGAAACAGAAGACCCAGCAAAGUUCUACGCUAUUUUAUCAAAAUUGGAAUUUUGAAUCAAAAAAUGCUGUUGAUGGAAGCCUUAAAAACAUUCAAUUCGACUGCACCCAUACCAGUGACCAAAACCCUUCUUGGACUCUCGAGCUGGACACGCCUAAAGUGGUCAACAGGUUCAAUUUGUACAACAGAGGAGACUGUUGCGAUUAUAGACUAAAGAAAUUUAAGCUUGAAGCCUUUGACGAGGGAAACAAAAGUAUUUGGAGUUACCAAGAUGCAAAUGAAAACCCGCUAUCAGUAUACACAUUUGCAAAGAUACUGAUCAAACCUGUAUCAACGAUACAAAUCAAACCAACGUACUUGAUACCAACUGAGAAUGCUCUUACACUUACCCUCUGUGAAGUGGAAGUCUUUGGCGAAUGUGCUCCAGGAAGUUUUGGUCUGAACUGCAGCGCCAAGUGCCCUACAGAGUGCCCGACUAGGUGCCAGCAAGAUUCAGGAAUAUGUCUACAAACUAAAAUAGUUGAACCUUUCAAGGUUGCUUUCUCUUUGGCACUAACACAGGAUCAGAACUAUGGAAAUAACUCCAACAUCAACUAUGAUAAGGUCUACACGAAUGAAGGAUUCGGCUAUCGUAGAGAAGAUUUCCAGUUUGUUGCUCCAUUGCCUGGUCUCUACAUAUUUACUGUUGGAGUCAAAGCGCAAGAACAGAAGCAGGCCAAACUGAAUCUGUAUAAGAACAGCGAUUAUGUGUUAUCUAUAUCUUCUCAGACCAGUCAAGAUGUCAACAGCAAUUUUGUUAUUCUGUCUCUGUUGCAAGGCGAUAGGGUGUACGUCAGAACUGGAACCGAUAGCCAGCUCUAUGGAAGACCCAACGCUAUUUUCAAUACGUUUUCUGGCUACCUCAUCUAGCCUGGCGUACAAACCAAACAGUGUCCAUUACUAUGUGUAUAGUUGAGAAGUGGAAUUGAAAUAUUUUUUUCCUUUAAAAAUGUUUUGUUUUUGUCUUAAUAAUAAAAUACUAAAAAAAAUAAUAGGAAGGAGA